UCGGUCAGAAGUAAACAAGAGGAAAGUCAGAAAUCUUUGGUGGAAGGAAGAGUAGAAAGACCCAGGAGAAAAGAAAUCAGAAGAAUGCAUCCUGUGUUGCUAUUGGUGGUUGCAGUGACGGUGGGCGGGGCCAGAGCGGCGCUCAGUCGCUGUUGGGAGCGCCAGAGCUGCCAGGAGCUCAUCUCUGAGAGCAGCAUGAUGGAGUGUUUCCAGCUCUGUGGACUUGACCCUCUUGAGAUGACCACCAUCCUUAGCAGUGUUCAGCAUCCUCCGUCAUCUGUCUUUCUUUCUCCUUCACCCUCUUCCUCCUCCCCUCAAGCCAAACAUUCCUACUCCAUGGAGCAUUUCCGUUGGGGGAAGCCUCUUGGGAGAAAGCGUCAUCCAGCGAAAAUCCCUGCAGGCAAAAAGGUGGAUGGGGACUCAGCUGAGAUUUUCCCUGGAGAGCUGAGGUGGUGGGAGCUUUCCAGGGAAAAAAUGACUGCUGAGGAUGAGGAGACACAAGACGAAGCAGAGGAGGCCUCCAAUGAGCAUCACGAUAAAAAAGACAUCCCGUACAAGAUGAAGCACUUCCGCUGGAGCGGCCCUGUGGUGGGCAAACGCUACGGGGGCUUCAUGAAGAGCUGGCAGGAGAACAGCAAGAGGCCGCUCAUCACACUCUUCAGAAACGUCAUCAACAAAGAAGGAGAGGAGGAGAAGAGGGCAAAGUGAGGAAGAAGGGAGGAAAUGGAAAUGAACAGGAGGGGGAAAUGACCAAAAUACAGAAUAUUAUUACAUUUAUCUUACAACUAAAUAUGUAAUACUAACUUUACAGUCUUUUGUAAAGAAAGAAAAAUCUUAUUUAACCGCAUUCAUAGUUUGCUUAGUGUAUGUCAGAAAAUACAGAUUGUUGAUACUGAAACUUUGUUUUUCUUUACUUCUAGAUAUAUAAAUAACACAAAAAGACAGAAAAAAGACUUAAACAUAUAAAACAGGUUAGUGGUGAGUAUUUUAUUUAAAAAAACAUUUAUUGAUGAUCUAACUUAUAGUUUCAGUACUGUAACAUUUUUUUAAAUUGGUGGAAGUGUUUCUUAUGAACAGGGAGCUGGAAAGAGAACAUGAGUAACACCAGUUAUGGUUUUGAACAGAUGACACAGAUUUCCUGUAUUUUGACAGAUACAAAAGAUAGAGAGAAUUAUUAUAUUAUAUAUAGAAGGUUUUCUUUCAAAUCCAUAUUUAUCAGCCCUGUUUUAAAGCGGCAAUGUCUAAAAUCUGUAAAAACAACCGCAUGCAGGCUCUAUCAUGGCCACAUGAGGGCAGUAGUUACACAUGACCUGCACACUUCUGUAUCUUACUUUUAUGGAGUUGGGCAUGAACAGGUUACAGAGCAGUAACACUAAGUUAUUAAUACAAAUAAAAGCUGAAAAUAUAAAUUUCUGUUUAAUUAAUUUUCAGUUUUCUUACUUCGGCUCCACUCUUCAAUAUUAAAGAAAUGUUGGCUGAUAAAAGAAAGAGGAGGCUGAAGAUGAGUCAUGGUGAUAUUUUAAUUUUCAUUUUAUGAAGUUACUGUGGAUAUCAAGAAAAGUAUAAAGACUGUUGCAAGCAAAAUACAUGUGGUAUGUGAGUUUUUUCCUCUCCUUUUAGAAGUGCACAUCAAUAAACAGCUAAGAAUGAUUAUGAACAACGCCUUAUUAUAAU